UAUCGGUCGGUGGCUUUCAGUACUUAUUCGGCCGCUAUUUAUUCAUUCCAACAUUGUUCCUUUUCUCCACGCGUAGCAGAGAAGCGAAGACCUCUCUCGUCCUCGUCUCCUCCAAUCUACCUACCUUGCUUCCCAGGUGAGGAACAAUGGGGCUUUCUUUCGCGAAGCUGUUUAGUCGCCUGUUUGCGAAGAAGGAGAUGAGAAUCCUGAUGGUCGGGCUUGAUGCUGCCGGUAAGACGACCAUCCUGUACAAGCUCAAGCUUGGAGAGAUUGUAACCACCAUUCCAACAAUCGGGUUCAAUGUGGAGACUGUUGAGUACAAGAACAUUAGUUUCACUGUAUGGGAUGUUGGUGGUCAGGACAAGAUUAGACCUCUAUGGAGGCAUUAUUUCCAGAACACACAAGGACUUAUUUUUGUUGUUGAUAGCAAUGAUCGUGAUCGUGUUGUUGAGGCAAGAGAUGAACUACACAGGAUGCUUAAUGAGGAUGAACUAAGGGAUGCUGUCUUGCUCGUGUUUGCUAACAAACAAGACCUUCCAAAUGCAAUGAAUGCUGCUGAAAUCACUGAUAAGCUUGGCCUUCAUUCUCUACGUCAGCGACACUGGUACAUACAAAGCACCUGCGCUACAUCUGGUGAGGGGUUGUAUGAAGGGCUUGAUUGGCUCUCCAACAACAUUGCCAGCAAGUAAUCAAAGCCUGCUUCGAAGGUUCAUAUCUUAACAUCAGCAGUGUUCGCGUUUGAUGCUUUUGUGACAACGGAAGCAAGGAGACUAUUAAUUUUCCACUUGGGACAUCGUUUUCCCCUUUCCCAUCUGCAUUUAAAAACCUAAUACAAGUCUGUAAAACAAAUAUAUGCUUGAUUACCCAUUUUUCAAUGUUUUGACGAUGGACGCAGCAAACGACUGAGAUUCUCUCGUUAUAUAUUUUUUUUUUCGA